AUGGUACAGACGGGAUAUCACAAGGGCGGGGGCCGCUACUCGGCCCGGGCGGCCACUCGGCGCGGGCGAGAGGCAGCGGGCGAGGACGCCGCCUACCCCGCCGGCCGAGCGACGGUGCAGGCGGGUCUCCGCUCCUAUGCCCUCAACAAGGCCGAGCAGCUGCGCUUUGCACACUGUGCCCCAGACUACCGAGAGGCGAGAAACAUCGUGCUGGGAAAGUGGGAUGCAGACAUCUCACGCUUUCUGACCGAAGAGGAGUGCCUGGCGGCGGCGCAGCCGGGCAAGGAGGGCAUUGUGCGUGACGCCUACCGCUUCCUGCAGCGCCAGGGCGCCAUCAAUUUUGGCCUGCUGCGGGGCGACCCGCGCGUGCCGCUGCCGCCGGAGCUGGCGCGGCAGGUGGCCGCCGCCGCGGCCGCGGCGGCCGCCGCCGGCGGCGGGCAGGGCGAGGAGGGCGGCGGCGCCGGUCCUGGCGUGACUGACGAGCAGGUGGCGGAGACUCUGUUUGACAUCAUGGGAGCGGUAGACAUGACGCUCACCACCGAGAAGAUGCUGCGGCGGCAGGUGGGGGAGGCGCUGGGCGCAGACAUGUCUGAGCGCAAGGGCCAGAUCCGGGGCUUGGUUACAGAGUACCUGCAGAGCCAGGGCCCACCCGCCUGGUACCGGCAGCGCAAGAAGGAGGCGGCGCGGCGGCGGCGCACGGAGGCUGCGCGACGCCGCUGGCGCGUGGUGGUGGUCGGCGCGGGACCCGCCGGCCUCACCGCCGCGCUGCACCUCAAGGCGAGCCGGCAGCCGCUGCAUGCUCGUGAUCGUGCCGGCCACGGCCGAGCUGGCACCCCGCCGCCGCACUGCCGCCGCAACGGCGCCGACGUGGUUGUGCUGGAGGCGCGGGACCGCGUUGGCGGCCGCGUGCACUCCUACCAGCAGGCCGGCUUCACUGCCCCCGUAGACCUGGGCGCCUCCAUCAUCACCGGCAUCAACCCCGAUGUGGAGAAGGGGCUGCGCUCAGACCCCUCAGCCGUCAUCUGCAAGCAGCUGGGCAUCCAGCUUCAUGAGCUGGGGGAGAAGCUGCCGCUGCUGGACACAGCCACGGGCCAGGCGGUACCUGCAGAGCUGGACCAAGCGGUUGAGAGGCUGCGAGACGAGCUCAUGGAUGAUGUGGCGGAUGCGCUGGACGAGCUGCCGGAGGAGGAGCGCCUGGCACUGUCCUAUGGCCAGCUGCUCACAAAGGCCAUCCAGCAGCGGCAGGCGGCGGCAGACGCGGCCGAGGCGCCCGCGCAGGCAGCACCAGAGGCAGCAGCAGAGGCAGAGAAUGCUGGGCCCGCCGCGGCCGCACAACCUGCCAGCCAGCCAGGCGGCGACGGCACGGCGGCGGCGGCGGCGGCCGCGGAGUCGGCAGCGGCGCUGCAGCCUGCCUCUGCGCCAGACACAGAUCUGGAGCACGCCGUGGCGAUGCUGAUCGAGCCUGCGGCGCCGCCACCCAGUUCGGACGGCGCCGGCCUGGGUUCGGAGCUGCCCGGCUCUCUCGGCCUCGGGCUGAUGGAUGAUUUCCUGCUCGGCGCCGCGGCGGGCCCGCCUUCGGCCGCGGCGGGACAGCAGGACGACGUGGACGACUUCCUUGCCUCCGUGCUGGCCUCGCCCUCCCCCAAGAAGCUGCAGCCGCUGCCGCCGGCGCCGGCGCCGGCGCCCCCCGCGGCCACGGAGCCGGCAGCGGCCGCAGAGCCGGCAGCGGCACCAGAGGAGCCGGCAGCGGCACCAAAGCCGGCAGCGGCACCGGAGCCGGCGAGCGACGCGCCUGCAGCGGCCAACGGCGUUGCUGAGCCCGCCGCCGCGCCGCCCCCGGCAGACGCGGCCGCGGCAGAGGCCGCGCCCGCCGCCGGCGAGCCGGCCGCCGCGGAGGCGGCGCCUGCAGCCGAGGCGGAGGAUGCGGGGCCUGCGGCGGCAGACGGGGAGGAGGCUGUGCCACCACCGCUGCCCAUCACACCUGACCAGCGCCGCCUGCUGCACUGGCACUGGGCCAACCUGGAGUAUGGCUGCAGCGCUCGCCUGGAGGAGAUCUCGGCUCCCCACUGGAACCAGGACGAGGAUGCGGGCGGGUUUGGCGGUGCGCACUGCAUGGUGGUGGGCGGGUACGAUGCCGUGUUCAAGGCGCUGGGCGGCGCGCUGGGCGACGCCCUGCACCUCGCCACGCCCGUUGUCGAGAUCCGAGACGAGGGCGAGGGCGGGGUGGAGGUGGUGACGGCGGGCGGUGCCACCCACGCGUGCGACGCGGUGGUGGUGACGGUACCGCUGGGUGUGCUCAAGGCGGGGGGCAUCCGCUUUGUGCCAGACCUGCCGCCCUGGAAGCAGGAGGCGGUGCGCAAGAUGGGCUUUGGCGAUCUGAACAAGGUGGUGCUGGAGUUCCCCUCUGUGUUCUGGGAUGAUUCAGUAGACUACUUUGGGGCGGCGGGGGAGCCCACAAGCGAGGCGCGCGGGCGGUGCUUCAUGUUCUGGAACUUCCACCGCUUCAGCGGGGCGCCCACCCUGGCGGCGCUGGUCUCGGGCGCCGCCGCGCGGGCGGCGGAGGAGCAGCCGGCCGAGGAGCUGCGGGAUGCGUGCCUGGGGGUGCUGCGCCGGCUGCACCCGGGCCUGGAGCUGCCCGCCCCCACCGCCUACACCGCCACCAAGCGGGAUGGCGGAAGCUUCCACACCAGGGGGCUGCAGUGGGAGCAGUACACGCGUGGCAGCUACUCGUUUGUUGCGGUGGGCGCUUCUGGGCAGCACUACGACCAGCUGAUGCAGCCGGUGGGCCGGCGGCUGCUGUUUGCCGGCGAGCACACGGCACGGGAGCACCCGGACACGGUGGGAGGCGCGAUGCUGUCGGGGCUGCGCGAGGCGGCCCGCCUGCUGGAUAUGGCGGAAGAGGAGGAGCAGGAGGAGGGGCAGCGCGGGCGGCAGGGCGCUCCGGAGAUAGAGAAGAUGACCAGCCUGGGCAGCCUGGGGCGCAAGCGCAAGUCGAGCGCGCAGGAGGCGGCGGCGGCGGCGGGCGGCGAGGCGGAUGAGGAGGACUGGGGGGACGCGCGCCCGCACAAGGGGGCCGGCCGCGACCGCGGCGCACAGGCCAAGCGGCCGCGGUCCGCCAGCAAGUCAGAGGCGGCAGAGCCUGCAGGAGAUGGCGGCCAGGCCAGCAUCUGGCGCUUCAUCCGGCAGAGCGAGAUUGGGCAGGAGCUUGACUGGGCGGGCGAGGAGGAGGAGGAGGCGGAGCGGCGGGAGGCGCGCGCGCGGCAGCAGCAGCAGAAGAAGCGCAAGAAGCGGGACGACGACGAGGUGGCCAGCGAGGAUGACCUGGAGCGCAAGAUGGAGCGGGAUCUGGCCAUCACGAUGGGCAAGGAGAAGCAGUGGGUGUCCGAGAAGCAGCUGCGGGAGCAGCGCAGCAGCGGCAAGGAGAUUGCGCGGGCGGUGAUGAUGUGUGCGAUGGGCGAGCUGGGCCCGCUGCGGGAGCUGAUCCAGAAGGCGGAGCCCGGCAGCCGCCACUUUGUGCUCAUGCAACUGCGGCAAGCGGAUCGCAAGACUUGGGAGCUGCUGUCGGCGGAUGCUGGCUGCAUGGCUGCUAUUGCGGGAUGGGUGGAGGAGGCGGCGGGGGAGGGAGGGGAGGGGCACAUACUGGAUGCCGCGCUGCGCCUGCUGCGCCUCAUGCCUUUUGAAGCGCCGCUGCUGGAGUCGUCGGGCCUGCUGCUCAUCGUGAAGACACGAUGCGCCUCACACUCUGACACCGACCUACGCAAGCUCUCCCAGGAGCUCCUCAAGAGGUGGCAGCCGCCAGGCGAGGCGGGCGCGGGCCAGAACGGGUCGGCGGCGCGGGCGGGCGGCGCGCCGGGCGGCAGCGCCUCGCGCCCGCAGGCGUCAGCGGCGGCGCAGCCGCGGCCGCCUACCCCCACCGCCGACGAGAUGGAGGCGUACCUUGAUGCCGCCAAGGUGGCUGCGCUGGCUGAGCUGGAGCGCGCGGCCCAGGAGGCGGCAGAGCAGGCCGACGCGCUCAAGGCGUCGCUGGCGUCGCUGGCAGAGCAGCAGGCAGUGGCGGGCGAGGCGCCAGACAGGAUAAAGUCGUUCCACUAUGGCAAGGCAGAGAGGCAGAAGCCCAAGACGAAGCUGGAGCGGGUGCCCAAGCCAGACCGCCCCAGCAGCAGCCGCGGCGGCGGCUCCGGCGGAGGCGCCUCGGACAGCGCCACCAGGCAGGCUGUGGCCAAGUAUGUGGAGGGCCUGCUGCACCCGCUGUUUGAGCAGCAGAAGAUCACCAAGGAGGAGUUCAAGUGGGCGGCCAAGAAGGCGGUGAGCAAGGUGCUCAAGGACAGCGGCGCAACCGGCGGCAGAGAGUUUCUGACCCCCAAGAAGCGGGGAGACAUCAAGGCGCUGGUGGGCAAGUAUGUGGAGCGCAGGGGGGAGCUGAUGGCGGCGGAGCAGCAGCAGCAGCAGCAGCGCGGCGCGCGGCGGUAG